AUGGCCGACAGAGAUGAUUACAAGAGGGAAGAAGAUGAAGAAGCAGAUGAGGAGGUUGAGAAUGACUACAAAAGCCAAAACGACGCGAUCAUUUUGGCUAUAGAUGUGAGCGAUACAAUGUUGGAGCAACCGCCAGCUUCGACAUCACGAAAGGCCGAUAAGGACAGUGCUGUUCAAGCAGCCCUGAAAUGCGCGUAUCAACUUAUGCAACAACGUAUCAUCGCCAGUCCAAAAGACAUGAUGGGAAUUCUGUUCUUUGGCACUGAAAAGUCGAAAUUUCAGGAGCACAGCGGACGGAGUGGUCUAGGCUACCCUCACUGUUACCUUCACACUGACCUUGACAUACCUGCCGCCGAAGAUGUCAAAGCUCUUAAAGCCCUGGUCGAGGAUGAGGAGGAUGAGGAGGGCGUCUUGAUACCGUCCUCUACAGAAAAGGUGCAAAUGGCGAAUGUGUUCUUCUGCGCCAAUCAGAUUUUUACCACCAAGGCGGCAAACUACAGCAGCCGUCGUCUGUUCAUACUCACAGAUAACGACAGUCCACACCCUUCAGACAAGGCGGCCAAAUCAGCUGCUGCGGUCAGAGCCAAAGAUCUCUACGACCUCGGAGUCAACAUUGAGUUGUUCCCCAUUACUCGGGGAGAUAACGAGUUUGAUCUGGCGCAAUUCUACGAUGACAUCAUCUACCGCGACGCGAAUGCUGAAGCAAACCAUUCUGAGGUGCGGUACUCGAAGACGGCUGAUGGACUCAGUCUCUUGAAUUCUCUCAUAUCCAACAUCAACUCAAAGCAGGUGGCAAAGCGUGCUCUCUUUUCAAGCGUUCCUCUGGAAAUAGCACCUGGUCUGAGGAUCUCAAUCAAAGGCUACAACAUAUUACACCGCCAAGAACCAGCAAGAAGUUGCUACGUCUGGCUUGAGGGCGAGAAGCCGCAGAUUGUUGCGGGUGAGACCACGCGCAUCUCCGAAGACACCGCCCGCACGGUCGAGAAGUCCGAGACGAAGAAGGCGUACAAGUUCGGCGGCGAGUACAUCUACUUCUCGCCAGAGGACCAGAAGUGUGCCAAAGAUUUCGGACCACCCGUCAUCCGUAUCAUCGGGUUCAAGAGCCGUGCCCAGAUUCCGUUUUGGUCGAGCGUGAAGAAGUCAACGUUCAUCUUCCCGAGCGAGGAAGACUUUGUUGGCUCUACUCGUGUGUUUUCGGCACUCUGGCAGAACUGCUCAGUCCACAGGUUGCCAUUGCCUGGUGCAUCAUUCGCGCGAAUGCGACCGCCAGUCUUGAGCGCUAUCAUCCCAUCUCACGAGAGUACGGAGGAAAGCAAUGCGACACCAUUCCUUCCCGCAGGUCUCUGGCUCUACCCGCUUCCCUUUGCUGAUGACUUGCGUGGAGGUCCGGCUACAGAUGGUACUGAGCCCCCUCGUGCCUCGAAUGAGCUCGUCGACCAGAUGCGGGUUAUCGUCCAGCAACUCCAGCUUCCCAAAGCCAUGUACAAUCCAAUGCGAUACCCAAACCCCGGCCUACAGUGGCACUACAAAAUCUUACAGGCGCUCGCGCUCGAGGAGGAAGUACCAGAAGUGCCCGAAGAUCUGACCUUGCCGAAGCACAAGGCUAUCAACAAGCGUUCCGGUGGCUAUCUGCAGGAUUGGGCUGAGACGCUUCAGGAGGAGACCCAAAAGACGGCCAAGACGAUCAAGACCAAACGCGAGGCGGACGAUGACGCUGACGAUGUCAAGCCAGCCAAGAAGGUCAAGGCUUCCUCCACAAAACCAUCGGCUUCUGGAAUGACAGAUGCCCAGGUUCGGGCGGCAGCCACUGCUGGAUCGCUCACCAAGAUGGUUGUUGCCGAUCUGAAGGACUUGCUCGCGAUGAAAGGGCUGAGCAUCUCGGGUAAAAAGGCUGAUUUAGUGGAGAGGCUCGAGCAGUGGGCUGAGGAGACGUCCUAG